GAUUCGUUGUUGAGCUUCUGCUCUACAAUUAGACUACAUUUCCCAGAGAGCCGAGGGACGGGGACGGGAGGGGCUUAGGGCCCAUGUGCAGAGGUAACUGACUGAGGCUCCGUGGCGCAGCGGCAAGUGGCGAGUUGACUAGGAAGGUUUCUGGGUCUUUCGCUGGCCAGAGGACUUCUCACAGCCUCCAGCCAUGCGUCUCUCUGCCCUGCUGGCCUUGGCAUCCAAGGUCACUCUACCUCCCAACUACCGCUACGGGAUGAGCCGCCCAGGCUCCCUGUCAGACAAGAGGAAGAAUCCUCCAGGGACCAGGCGGCGCCGGGUGGCUGUGGAACCCAUCUCUGAUGAAGACUGGCAUCUGUUCUGUGGGGACAGGGUGGAGGUCCUAGAAGGCAAGGAUGCUGGGAAGCAAGGCAAAGUGGUUCAAGUUAUCCGGCAGCGAAACUGGGUGGUCCUGGAGGGGCUGAAUACACAUUACCGCUAUAUUGGCAAGACCAAGGAUUACCGGGGAACCAUGAUCCCUAGCGAAGCACCCUUGCUCCACCACCAGGUUAAACUUGUGGAUCCUGUGGACAGGAAACCCACUGAGGUGGAGUGGAGAUUCACUGAAGCAGGAGAGCGGGUACGAGUCUCUACAAGAUCAGGAAGAAUUAUCCCCAAACCUGAAUUUCCCAGAGCUGAUGGCAUCGUCCCUGAAACAUGGACUGAUGGCCCCAAAGACACAUCAGUGGAAGAUGCUCUAGAAAGAACCUAUGUGCCCCGUCUAAAGACACUGGAGGAGGAGGUGAUGGAGGCGAUGGGGAUCCAGGAGACUCGGAGACACAAGAAAGUCUAUUGGUAUUGAACCUGGGGAGAGCAGCUUCUCCUCUCCUUGUCUUAGCCUUGAAGGUUGUGGCCACCUCUUCUUCAGACACCAAUAAAGAGCCAUGAGUCGUC